AUGGGUGAACGUUAUGGUGGAAAAUCGACAUUAGUCAAUAUUAUGGCCGGUACUGUUUAUCCUACUCUUGGACGAGUAGUUGUCAAUGGAAAUGUAGGAUUUUGUGCGCAGGGCAAUAUUCAUUGUGAACACAUGAGCAUUUUGGAUCUACUGAUAUAUUUUGGAAUGCUACGAGGGUAUGACCUACCUCGAGCUAAAACAGAAUCUGCUAAACUGCUAUUAGAGCUAAAUCUUUUUGAUUAUUACAAUGCUUCCACAUCAUCUUUGCGACCGAAUCAACUUAGAAAAUUGUCUAUAGCUUUGGCAGUGAUUGGAGAAGUAGACAUAUUGUUACUAGAUCAACCAACGGCAGGUUUAGACACGACAACUCAGAGAGAAAUUUGGAGUUUCCUUUUGAAGUACCGUGGUGUAAAAACAUUAAUCAUAACAACUGAAGAUUCCUCAGAAGCAGAAUUGCUGGCGGAUAAAUUAGCAAUAGUUUAUCGAGGAUCUUUGCAGUGUCUUGGUUCACCAUGGUACAUCAAAGGAUUAUUUCGAUACGGUUAUACAUUGACCAUGAUCUGUUCCAAUGUCUUUUACCCUCAACGAGUCAUCGAUCUUGUGAAGAGACAUAUUUCCGUAACUGAAACCGUGCAUGAUGCAAAUCCGAUAUUUGUGGCUCCUGGUGAAUUGCCAGACAUGCCUCUUUCUCUAGUUCUACAUGACGCAAGUAGACAAAAUAUGGCGGAAGAUUUCGAACAAGGCAGUUCUAGUCGAAAAUACAGAAUACAAUGGAAGGGAACUCUUCUUAUUUAUCGACAGUUUAUUUCAUUGGCAUAUAGAAAAUUAGCAUGUAUGAUUAUGAAUUGGAUGCCCUAUACACUCAUUUUUACGUUGUCAAUGGUUGCAGUUAUUAUUUCAUUACUGCAUCUAGAACCAAUGGAUACCAAAUACAGAAGAAAUUGUCCUCCUCGUAUAGACACAGCUUUGAUAUUUAGAAACAUCAGACAAGAAUUUCAAACUGAAUUUUGGACUGAUGCUGUAUUGAAUCAGAUCACAAAUUUUAGUGAACGUAUACAAUAUUACGAUUCUAGAAUGAAAAUUAAACAUUUGGGAAAAAUUACUCCAGCAACUGUUGUGUUUGAACUUACCGAUUAUAAACAGAAUUUUUUGCAAGUUCAUUUAUUUAGUAACAACUUCUGCCAUGAUAUAAUAUUAAAUGAUCUGUUGGCAAACAUCGUUUUAAAGAUUGAAAAGGAUAAUCCACUAAUGAUACAGACAAAAGUUGUAAAAGAAGAUGGAUAUAAUGAUUUAUACUAUGUCUCUUCAAAUUACUGGUGCCCAAUUAUUGGUUUUGUAUUCGCCUUUGCGAUUCCAAUUGCAGCAUCAGUUCCUUACGCAGAAAAAUCUAAUUUUUUCAAACAACAAAUGCACUAUGCUGGAGUAUCUUCUUUAAUGUAUUGGAUAACAAUUGCUCUAGUGGAUAUUUUAUUCUACACAAUUUACAGUUUGUGCUUACUUCUAUGCUUGAUGUGGUUUUCCGACAGCGAUUAUACUUCAUCAGAGUGGCAGCUUCAAACCGGGUAUGUGGUAAUAUUUACAAUAUCAGUCAUCUCCAUAGCUGCUCCAGAAGCAUGGUACAAAUGGAGAAGCGAUAUAAUCCGGAAUUUAUCCAGAUACAGUUCUUUGCAUGAUGUCAGAAAAAUCAGUUUCUUAGAAACAGAGUACAUUAUUUUUACGAUUACUAAAACUUUAGCACAACUUAUACCUUCCGUAGCAUUCAGCCAAGGGUUGCACGAUCUAUUUUUUGUAUUAACCAAACUUUCGAAUUGUCAACUCAGCAAAAUGGAACCGCCUGAAACGUGUGACAAAAUAUAUAAUAGACUGUACGAUUGUUGUCAAAUGAGGUGUAAUUUAACAAAAUUUUAUAAUUUUGAUUGCCCCGAUGAAUUAUCAACAAAACUUCUUUAUCAAUCCGGCGUACUACAAGCAAUUUUGUUCUUGAUUCUGGAUUUGGUUAUAGUAAUUUUAAUAUUAUACCUGUAUGAGGCGCGGAUUCUAAAUAAUGAAACUUAUAGCAAUUAUGGAACUUUGGUCAUACCAACGGAUAAUGAAGUAUUACAAGAAAAAUUUGCAAUAGAACAAAUUUUAGCAAAUACUCUUAGUGAUGCCAGCACAUCGCAGAAUUAUAAACUGCUCGUUUCACGAAUACACAAGAGGUAUGGCAAAACUAUAGGUGCCGGUGGUUUAACAUUUGGUGUACUGGCUAAUACUGGAUUUGCACUAUUAGGAAACAGUAAAUCAGGGAAAACAACAAUUAUGCGUAUUUUGAGUGGAUCAGAAGUAUCAUUUGGUGGAGAUGCCUUUAUCGGAAAUGCCAGACUGACAAAACAUGGCUCCAAAUAUCUAAGUCAAAUAACACACUGUGAUGAAACUUCCACAUAUACAGAAGCCUUAAGCAUUGAAGAUACAUUGCAUCUUCUGAUGACGUUAAAUGGUUAUAGUGAUUCUUAUAGAAGGGAAAGAAUCAAUAUGUUUAUAAAAGCAAUGCAAUUAGAAGAUUAUAGACGGAAGAAGGUACACGAUGUGAAUCAAGAUGUCCGGCGAAGGUUUGCGAUCGCCCAAGCACUUCUUUGCGGCCGAGAUCUUGUCCUACUCGAUGAACCCACCCGUGGCCUAACCCACGUGUCCAAAAGGCUCAUUUGGAGAAUGAUUCGACAUUAUGUGCUUCAAGGAGGCACCAUACUACUGGCAUCAUCCAAUCUUAUAGAAUGCGAAGCUUUGUGCAAUCGUAUUGGAAUCUUAGAAAAUGGACAAAUCGAAUAUAUUUGCACAACCACGACCCUCAAUAGAAAAGUCAAUCGCUAUUAUAGCGUUUUAUUGAAGCUGCGAAUAUUAGCUAUAUCUAAGCAAGGAAUACUUUCUUUGAAAAGAGAUUUAGAGUCUCGCUUCCGAAUGCAAGAGUCAAAUGAUUAUCCAGAGUUCAUAUGUUACAGUGUAUCUCAAUCUGAUGCAUCUUUGUCGGAUUUAUUCACAACUUUGGAUCAAAUCAAGAAAACAAAUCGUAUCCUAGAAGAUUACAAUAUAAGUGAAGAACGAUUGCGUAUAACAGCAAUUAAGAAAAAAGGAAUUAAAUUUAUCAAAGAUGAAAGACGAAGGACCGAGGAUUAUUUAAGUGCUUUAAAGCGAGCUAUUGAGGAAGUAUUCAGUUCCAAGAAGUAA